AUGGACAGCAGCAGCAAUCAUGAACAGCAGCAGCAAUCAUCAACAGGAGCAGCAAUCAUGAACAGCAGCAGCAAUCAUGAACAGGAGCAGCAAACAUGGACAGCAGCAUUUUUUUUUCCAUUAGUUCUAUCUAUCUAUCUAUCUAUCUAUCUAUCUAUCUAUCUAUCUAUUGAUUUCUUUGCGAAAUCUAUCUCUCUAGUAAUCUCUUCCCCCCUCUCUCUCUCUCUCUCUCUCUCUCUCUCUCUAUCUAUCUAUCUAUCUAUAUAUCUUUUCCAGAUUGUUCAUUAUCUAUCUAUCUAUCUAUCUAUCUAUCUAUCUAUCUAUUCAAUGUUGUUCAUUAUCUAUCUAUCUAUCUAUCUAUCUAUCUAUCUAUCUAUUCCAGAUUUUACCGAUACCGUUUCUUUAUGUUCACCAAGGUCUAUCCGCCAUUUUUCUUUCUCUUCGAUAGCCCCACGUGACACACAUCUCGCUGUCUUCGCGAAUUUUCUUCUUAGUUCUUUUCGUCUCAGUUUACCAAUGCCUUUGCUCUUUUCAGGCAACGUUUCAAUUCUUUUAUUCCUGGAUACACAUGUGAAAUAA